AUGAACGGGGCCACAAAAAGACGUUGGCAACAAUCUUGUUCAGUCGCAGUCGAGAAGUGGACGAGCAAGGGCGGUGCAAUUUGUUCAUCCAGGAGCACUGUGGCUGACGAAGCUGAGAAAGAUUCAGGGUCAGAGGAUAGGAAAACCAUUUGUUCAAUCGAGACUGCGGGUGGCCACGGACAAUCUGCAAACUCCAUUUGUUCCUUGAGACGAUAUGUCUCGUCACGAAGGACAUCCGAGGAACGUGACACGCUUGAACUUGCGGAGGAACCAGCUACUCAACGCAAUGGUUCGCAUGAUACGUCAGAGCCGUUUUCUGUACGGAACGAGCCACACAUCCAGACUUCCAGCAAAAACAACCAAUGUGUUACAGUUUCAGGUAAACGGGAGGCUCCGGAUGAUUUAAAGCUGGACAACUCUUCAGCUACUGGCACAUUAGAAAACGUUGACAAUGCAGAGACGAGUCGAAGAAGCAAAGAUAAACGGUGCGCGAAUGUGGAUGCCCCAGUAGCGAUAGUGUCGGAUAAAAGUGUUUCUGGAGGUCAGUGCUUCUCCAGAGGAACUCGGCGAUCGGCAUCUGUCACUGCAAACUUCACUCCGGUCGCUCAUGUGAGCAAAAAACGUUUGGAAGAUGGGUUAUGCCAGGAAGCCCACGACAACGGAUCCAGCACAAGUAGAAGUUCCAAAAAUCCGGACCUAGAUUCUUUUUGUCGACGUCAAGAAACUCUUUCAGAAUGCGGGCGGCAACGAACACGACAAGCUAUUUCAGAGUCAGGGGAGGACAACAGGAAGGGGCUUCAUCGCGCACGAUCCAUGUGUACAGCCUCUCUAGAACGCCAUCGCCGUAGUCGGCUGGGAAUCGACAGCAAACAUGAAAGAAAACCGAGAGCAGGAAGAACGUGUCCAUACGAAAGUACACGGGUUGCUGGAAGGGGAAAUGGAGAUGACGUCUCUCUUUUCCUUUUCGUCGACCAUGAGUCGGCACAUCAGUCUAUCCGGAAUUCAGCACAGGGCGCGAUCGGCGCACUUGCUGCGGCUUUGGAGUCCAUCCAAACACGCAUACCCCCUGACUCAAAAGACGAAAUUAUACGACAAGAAGUAAACCCUGCCAGUGAGCUUCUAGUGGGAUCAAGUGCGGCUCUCGGAAUCGAGUACGAGAAGCCAAGAACUCAGGCUCAGUCUGGACAUAUGACGGUUCAACAGGAACAACGCUCAAACGAUGAAAACAGUGGGGAUGUUACAGGUGGCCGCUCGGAGGACCAGUCGCAAGACAACUGUCACUGCAGCGAUCUUGAUGUCGAGGACUUUCUAGAAAACCAGAGAUAUAACGAACAACAGUCAAAAAUAAAGGACGAAAAACAUACACCCUCUUCCACACCGCCAGCCGAAGCUACAAUGGAAACCGUCUAUAGGUUGUUAGCUGUUGUCGAUGCCCAUCGUACGAGAAACAUAAACCACCAAUCCCAAGGCAGUCUUGUACCUAAUCCGCCUUGCGAUUUGGCGUGGAAGAUAGAGAUGGGCAACGACGACCUGGUUGACGCAGUCAACCAAACUAUAUCGAUAAAGCAAAAGGACGGUGAGGAAUGUCACGACAAUAUCAUCAUCAUCCCUGAAAGAGGUCCCGAGAUUUGGACCGACUGUGUGCCGCCUACAUUGUCAAAUCAAUCGCAAAGAGCGUAUCAGUGGGACGCCAUGUGUCGUCCAGCGUCGCUGAUAACCGGGACAGAAACUGAUUCCAGUGUGGCGGUGUCGUUGGGGCUGUCCAAAAACUGUCAAAGUAGCUGCAGACCUCCAUCUGCGGAGACGGAGCUGAUGCGAGAUUACUACCGGCACUUCCCGACUCUAGGUGAUCUGUUAACAGAACCUGACCGAUCAAAGCACUGUGACAUAUUCAAGGAAAUCCUCGUCAGCAAUGGCAAAUGCUGCGCGGACAUCCAAACAGCUGCAACACUUUCACCCAGCAUAAAAGGCGACGAAAAUACCACAAAAUCCCAACUCGGAGACAUCCUUCAUUCUCGGUAUUUCAAGGUUGAGAAAAGUCGGCCGGAGGUCUACAGGAUUGUUAGCAGCGCUUUUCAAAAGGUUGGUGGCUGGAAGACGCUCCCUGAGACACCUCACUGGGAGUAUGCAUGGAACUUGCUAUGGACGUGGCACCGGCCGCGAAUCGAUUACAACCGACUUCUGUCAUUCCAGAAAGUUAACCACUUCCCUGAAAGCAGACAGUUGACUAGGAAAGACAACCUGAAAAGGUGCAUCGAACGGUUUCAGAAAGCUGCUGGUCGGCGAGCGGAGCACUUCCGCAUCAUUCCCAAGACAUUCUUGCUGCCAAAAGAGUAUACAGCCAUGGUCUCGGAGAUGUGCGAAAUGUCCGAUUGUCCAACUAAGCAGAAGCGCGUGUGGAUUUGCAAACCCAAAGACAGCUCCAGGGGUCGAGGGAUUUUCUUGACAAAUUCUGUCGAAGACAUUCGGUACACGGACAACCUUGUGGUGCAGGAAUAUAUAGCCAAUCCUCUGUUGCUGAACGGGCGCAAGUUCGAUCUGCGCUUGUAUGUGCUGGUGACUUCAUUCAACCCGCUCGAGGCUUUUGUAUACAAACAGGGUUUUGCUCGAGUCGCUCGCGUCCCUUUCACGCUUGACCCUGAGCAUCUCGACAACAGGUUCAUGCACCUAACGAACGCAGCAAUUCAGAGCGAAUGGCAAGAAGUUUCCAGUGACUCGGACAACGAUGCGGCGCCUCCCCGGUCUCCAGCGUCUGCGCUUUCUCCCUGGCGACAUCGAACGUCGAAACAACGGAAGUCAGUUUUGGACUCGUCACCCCGAGGACGAGGAGUCCCCCGUUCUGAAGGUUUUGUGGGAGCAUCCUUUACAGUUCUUGGCGUGGACAGUCAUGGUGCUGAAGCAGAAGCUGAAAAAAGGAAGUACACGAAGAGAUCGAGACCACAGGAGGAAGAGGAUGAGGGAAUCAGUAAAGGGAACCACGAAGCGAAAAAUGAGUUUUCAAGUGAAGACAGCAAAAUUCUGCUUGACGAACUGAGACAGCGACUCGAGCAAAAUGGAGUCGACUGGGAUGCUGUCUGGCAGAAGGUUCUGUUUGUCAUUUUGAAAAGCCUGUCCUGCUGUGGAGACUCUAUUCCUCACCAUCCGAAUGCAUUCGAGCUUUUCGGCUAUGAUGUUCUUAUUGAUACCGAUCUGAGGCCAUGGCUUAUUGAGGUUAAUUCGUCGCCAUCCAUGGGUCAGGAGCACGAAGCUGACAGGAAAGUAAAACCUGGAUUGAUCGAAGACACCCUUCGGCUAGUCAAUCCUAUAUCAUACGACCGACUAAAACUCAGUGAGCAGACGUGUGCCGUUGUUGCUGCUUGCAUUGCUGGCAGAUAA